UGUGCCCGGUCAAAUGUAUUGUAAUGUUAUGUAACUUACAUAAUGAAAACAAACAUAAGCCCAUAAAAAUCGGUUAAUAUUUCAAGAAAUAUUUUAAUUGAAUGAGCCAAUUAAAUAAUGUAAUUAAUUCAUAUUCUUUAUCAGUAACCUUGGGAGGUACUUCAAAUACAUCAUGACGACCAUUGCAUUAACAAAGCUGCCACGUAAAGUCAUAUGCUCAAAAGCAUAUAGAAUUAAUUUUUGUAGAAACAUGAGUGUAAACAACAAUAGUGGACAAAAAUUAAGAUGUGUGUUUAUGAAAUCCGUGAAUUCCGUGCACCCUGGGACUUUAUUACAAAACCAAGUCGAAUUAAUAAAUGAUACAAAGGCGACACUUCGUGUGUGUGGUGACUAUAUAGAACUUCGUAAACGAGCGGUGCGUGUCUUAGGUUUUGGUAAAGCGGUUUUGGGAAUGGCUGAAGCUACUGAACGUAUUUUAGGCAAUGUGAUAACAGAUGGCAUACUGAUCGCACCAGUCGGGUCUUUGAAUUCGUCCAGGAACAAUGUGAGUCAAAAAUUUACAAUAAUGGAAGGCGCAAAAAAUAACACAGCAGACGAAGACAGUAUAAAAGCUACUAAGAUCGCAUUAGACUAUGUAUGCAACUUAAAUGAAUCAGAUCUUUUAUUAGUUCUGAUAUCAGGAGGUGGAUCAGCAUUACUUUCGCUUCCAGUAGAUGGUGCAGAUUUUCGAGAAAAGGCGAGGCUGAUACGUGAUUUGGCAGAUAGAGGGGCCCGCAUUGACCAAAUGAAUGCUGUGCGCAAGAAACUAUCAUCAGUGAAAGGUGGAAGACUUGCGCAAGCUGCCCAACCAGCCCAGGUCGUGGCCUUGACCUUAUCAGAUGUCAUCGGGGAUAGACUUGAUGUAAUAGCUAGUGGACCCACGGUGCCCAACGCUGAACCCGAAAACUCUGCAAGGAUUAUAAUCGAACAAUUUGGCAUGCAAUUGAAUUUAUCCCCCACUGUGCGCGAUUAUAUUUAUGACAGAAAAGUUUCACAAAGUUCGAAGAAUGAUAAAAAUUUUACUAAUAAUACUAAAACUUACAUUAUAGGAAACAACGUGAUGGCUGCUGAAACUGCUGCCAAAGAAGCUAGGAUCUUGGGUUAUCAAACUUGUGUCCUUUGUACGACCGUCCAAGGAGACGUUGUAAAUAUAAGCAAGAUAUAUACACAAAUAGCAUUAAUAACACAGAGGUUUUUAAACAAAAAGAUCGAUGUUAAGCAAUAUAUCAAGAGCCUAAAUGAUAUUUGCAGUAAAGCCAAUGAACACAACGUAGAGCAAAUAAAACUUCCUGCAAAUUUAAGUGCAAUAGUAAGUUCCUGGCAAGAUUUUCGGAAUGGUGUUUUGUUAAUUUUUGCUGGUGAACCGACAGUGCAUGUGAACGAGAAUGCAAAAGGAAUUGGUGGCAGAAGUCAGCAAUUGGCUCUCCUGUUUUCUAAAGAUAUUGCUGAGCAUAAUACAGACAACAUAUGGUUAUUAUGCGGUGGAACAGACGGCAUAGACGGCCCAACUGAUGCUGCUGGAGCAAUAGCUUGCAGCAACUUGGCCAGAUUAUCUGCUAAGGAAAAUCUGGACAUUGAUGAAGCCAUAAAUAACUGUGAUAGCUACAGCUUUUUUUCGAAAUUUCUUGAUGGCGAAAGAUUGAUCAAGAUAGGACAUACGGGCACCAAUGUUAUGGAUCUUCAUUUCCUAUUAGUAGAGAAAAAUAAUUGA